GUGGUAUGCCCUACUGAAGGCAGUUUUACACAGUAAAUGGUCUGUGGAUGAGAUGUGAUAGCUGCAGCUCGACUAACAGCCAUGAACAGUACACGCAGUCUGAUCAGGUUUAGAGCAGGGAGACGGGGUGGGACUUGCGCUGCUAUUGCACAGGACUGACUGUCACUCACACGUAUGACCACUUCCUCAGAGAGAAUGAAAAGACAUGCCCAACCCUCAUUGCAGCCUACACACUGAGCACUGAGUGAGCAAUGGAUCUCUUUGCAGCUCUGAUGUCAUGACAGUUCUAAGAGGUAAAACAACAAAAAAACAGCUGUAAGCAUUUUUUCCGAGCAUUUUGAUGACAAUAGAAAUCUGAUAUUAAGCCAGAUAUCAUGUAUAGCCUGUGAGGCGUUCUGUCACCCCCAAGGAUUGCUCUACCAUCCUGCACAGCACAAUGGAGCCUCCAGAUCCAAACUACACUAAAACUUUGAUGUGUUGGAAAGAAAGAGUGCGGUCAGAAUACAUACGGCUGCAGCAGUUGAAACGUUUUCAGUCCAACACCGCAGCAAGUAUGUUUUAUGUAGAAAACCUGAAUAAAGCACAAGAAAGGGCAAACCUUUUAAAUGAAGACUGGAAGAAAUUAAGUGUGCAACCCAUUCAAAUGAUGGAAUCUACAAGUGGCCACCCAUUUUUGAAAAAGUCCACAGUAGAAAGCAGCUUCCCAGGUUUUGCUGUCCAGACCAUAUUUAUGGGAUCCCUGAACACCGUGGCUUUAGUGCCCAUCAUGUAUUCAUGGUCACCCCUGCAGCAAAAUUUCAUGGUGGAAGAUGAGACUGUUCUAUGUAAUAUUCCUUACAUGGGCGAUGAAGUCAAGGAAGAGGAUGAGACCUUUAUUGAGGAACUGAUCAAUAAUUACGAUGGCAAAGUGCACGGAGAGGAAGAAUUAGACUUGAAAUCAACUGUGUUAUCAAGCCCUCGAUUACAUGACCGUGAGCGGUUAUUCAGGUUUGGCCAGUCCUUCUCUUUGGGACGAAACAGUACCAUCAAAACAGGUUAUGGUAUGCUGGAUGAUGCUUCAUUCAUAGAACUUAUGGAAGCUCUACUUCAGUACACAGAGGAAGAGGAGAAAGGGCUAAGUCACCAUACUGAAGGAACAGGAGAGGAAGUAAAGGGAGAGGGUCCCAUGACCCGGAAGAGGAAACGCAUUGCUGAAGAGGGUAGCAAGAGCGUCUGUAGAAGCCUUUUGCCGAACAACCUGAUCUUCAGUGCAAUAUCAGCUGUGUUUCCAGAGAGAGGCUUUCCAGAUGAAGUGAAAAAACGGUACAAAGAACUGACAGAAGCAUAUGAUCCCCAUGCUUUGCCUCCCCAGUGUACACCUAAUAUUGAUGGACCAUGUGCCAAAUCUGUGCAAAAGGAGCAGUCUCUUCACUCCUUCCACACCCUCUUUUGUCGCCGCUGUUUUAAGUAUGACUGCUUUCUACACCCUUUCCAUGCAAGUCCUAAUGGUUACAGGAGAAGGAGUCGAGAAAUAAAGAUUGAGACUGAGCCAUGUGGAAUUCAUUGCUUUUUGUUGCUGGAAGGAGCUAAAGAAUAUGCCAUGACGAACAAUCCCAGGUCCAAAUGCUUGGGGAGACGUCGCCGGAAAACCUCAGCCCUUGCUGCCUCUGACUCAAGUACAUCAAACUCUGCUGUUAUGGAAUCUAGAGAGGGGGACAGUGAUAGAGACACUGGCAAUGACUGUGCUUCUAGCUCUUCAGAAGCAAAUUCACGGUGCCAAACCCCUACCAAGCAAAGGCAGGGAAGCCUGAGUGUGGAGCUUCCAGAUGUAUCUGAGCCUAGUGAGCCAGUGAAAUGGACCGGAGCCGAGGAGUCACUCUUUAGGGUCUUCCAUGGAACUUACUUCAACAACUUCUGUUCCAUUGCUCGUCUAAUGGGCACCAAGACAUGCAAGCAGGUUUUCCAGUUUGCUAUGAUGGAUCCACUGCUCUUAAAGAUACCAGCAAAGGAGCUAAUGAGCACUGCACAAAAAAAGAAACGGAAGCACAGAUUAUGGGCAGCUCACUGCAGAAAAAUACAGUUAAAAAAAGAUAAUUCUGCAAAUCAAGUGUACAAUUACCAGCCUUGUGACCACCCGGAUCACCCAUGUGACAGUACAUGCCCCUGCAUCAUGACUCAAAACUUCUGUGAAAAGUUCUGCCAGUGCAACCCAGAUUGUCAGAACCGCUUUCCAGGAUGCCGGUGCAAAACUCAGUGUAACACCAAGCAGUGUCCAUGUUACCUUGCUGUACGAGAAUGUGAUCCAGAUCUGUGUCUGACAUGCGGUGCAUCAGAGCGCUGGGAUUCUAAGGUGGUUUCCUGCAAAAACUGUAGCAUCCAGAGGGGACUGAAGAAGCAUUUGCUGUUAGCACCGUCCGAUGUUUCUGGGUGGGGGACCUUCAUUAAAGAGUCUGUCCAGAAGAAUGAAUUCAUCUCCGAGUACUGCGGUGAGCUGAUUUCUCAAGACGAAGCAGAUCGAAGAGGAAAAGUUUAUGACAAAUAUAUGUCCAGUUUUCUCUUUAACCUCAACAAUGACUUUGUUGUUGAUGCUACACGUAAAGGGAACAAAAUCCGUUUUGCAAAUCACUCUGUUAAUCCAAAUUGUUGUGCAAAAGUGGUUAUGGUGAAUGGAGACCAUCGUAUUGGAAUCUUUGCUAAAAGAACCAUACAAGCAGGAGAUGAAUUGUUCUUUGAUUACAGAUACAGCCAAGCUGAUGCCCUGAAAUAUGUGGGCAUUGAACGAGAGACUGACAUCAUGUAAUGUCAUCAACAAGUUGUUUCCUGCACUUUGUCACUGCACCUUGUGAAGAUGCUGUUUGUUGUUGUCUCAUUAUAGUUUUUCUUUACAAUACCCUUUGAAUGCAUUGGGGUUGGAUGCCAGAUAAACGCCUGUUGAUGCCAGGCAUUAGUGAGCUCUCUUGUUUGCUUAACAAUUUUCUCUUCUAUACUGCUACGAACGUGAAUUCUCUUUAAUGUAGAAAAGAGUAGAAAUGCAGUGAAGGAGGAGAGAAUGAAUGAGUGAACAAAAAAAAGGAAAAAGAGAAAAAGCGACACAGGCUAAAAACUGAAAGAGAAAAAAAAUGUUAACAGAAAAAAGAAAACUCGAAAAGAGAGGUACUAUUUAUAAGAGUAGGCAAAAAAAAAGCUCUUUUGAAGAGUGGACCCAUUUGUGGUGAGCACCUGCUUUUCACAUUGGACGCCAUUCAACUGUACUGUAGUGAAAAGAGCUCUGUGCACACAAUACUUCUGCCUUUGUGCUGUAAAAAAAGUAUUGUCUAUCAUCUGUUGCUAUAAAAUUAAUUUUUCUGGCUUCAAAAUCCUAGGAUCAUACAUGAGGCUGAUUGAUAUGGCAAUAGCUGGGAAUGCAGUUGUCAGAAGCAGUGAGCUCAUUGUUGCUAAAUUACUCUGACCAUCAUGUUUAGGCCACUUCUGUAUGUUGAAUCACCUGUGUCCAUGUGUAUCACCCUCACAGUCAGUGUCUUGGAAUGAGUAAUGGGGGUGUGCGAGAAGUUACAGGACAGGAAAGGUGAAGUAGUGCAGGAAGUAGUGUUCUGGCUAUUAUGUUACACAUCCAGUCACUCCGACCUUUAUACAUUACAUUUUUGGCUAACUAACUAUAUUAGAAACAUUUUUUGUUUUGCACAGGCUAUCUAUUUACCCAGUUUUUAUUUUUACAUUGAACAAUUCCUUUAAGAGCAGGGAAAUGAGUAGAUGUUGACUGUUAUGGAACUGCAAAGGGAAAAUGAACAUGUGGCAUAUCAUAGAGUGGGGGAUGGAGUAAGUGUUCAUCAACUAGCAUUGGUAAGAGGAGUAAUGAACUGGUGGUUAUGGCACAAAGCAGCAAGUGAGUAAGCAGCAGACAGAAAGCUGAUGCUGAUGGACUGAAAUGUUGGGGAAAGGGAAAAUAAUGAUUGUUUUAUGAUGUUAUUUACUGUAGGGAGAUGCUGACUGGUUUUGGUGGGAGAUUGGUUGAGUUAAUAAGGAGGAGAUGGAUAGAUGUGUUGGCUUUCAUCUUGCAUUCUACCUUAAAAGAGAAGUUAACAUUUAAGGGGAACUAUCACGAAAAUGAACAUUUAAUAUAAGCUUCCUCAUACUGAAGUAAGAAACUUUCCAAAUACAA